AUGGACUAUCAACAGAGACAACCGACGACGAAUCUGGUUAAAUGUCGAACAGAUGCGGCUUGGAAUAAAGGAAGGAAGAAGGCAUGUCUGGCUUGGAUCUUCAACGGACUACCAAACACUCUCCAGAGGAGUGGAUCGACGACACAUGAUUUCGUCAACUCCCCCUUGAUCGCAGAAGAACUUGCGAUUCGAUCAGGGCUUUGCAUGGCGGCAACGAUGGAGCUCUCAAAGCUCAAAAUUUGCUCCGACAGCUCAACGCUCAUAGCAGCAAUCAACAACAAAUACCAGAUGAAGGAAAUUGUGGGUAUCGUCAGAGACAUCCAAGAAAUCUCCUCUGGUUUCGAUUUCAUAGUUUUCUCGCAUAUCUCUCGUAAGGACAAUGGAGAGACAUACUCUCUUGCUAAACAUGCCUUAGAGCUUUCUCUUUGUAAUAUUUAA